CUCAACAUUUUUUAUUGUUGUUCUAACUUGUGAUUUUUCAUUUUACUAUAAUCUUAUUUUAAUCUCGGGAUAAAGUGUUAUUAGUGAACGACAAAAAUUAAGCAUUUAAACAUAAAAUAUGUGGGAAACAAUUUGGUUAAUUUUCGACGGAAAGUUUAUUACCUACUCGUCUGCCAUUUGGUAUUGAACUUUUUAUAUAUAAAUACUUUCAUUGUCGAUUCGUAGAAGUUGAGGUAUUUACAUAAAUAAUUAUUUCUGUAACGCUUAACAGUAUACGCUAAAACGAGCUGUAGCUAAGAUUGUGAAAGGCCGUCCUAAAAGUAGGACAAAGGUGUAAAGAAUUUUCUGCCGGGCAAAUAGUACCUUCGAGAAGGCAGCGCGUAGUUCGCACAAAAUGUGCGUCUAGAUCUGCAUCGUAUACAAUUAUGGAGAGACUUUUUCAUGACUUCAAUUUGGCUUUGGAAGAAAGUAAUUGCGGUAAACAGGAACGUCGAAAACUCGGAAUGCGACGACGCACUCGAUCAGCAGGGAAUUUACCUCAUUUCAGCAGCUGCAGUUACUGUAAGUCUGGUGGAAGAUGGCAGUUCCAGCAGUCCACCCCAAGCUCCUGUCAUCACUCAGCCACUGUCAGACUCGGAUGAUCCGCACCUCAGCGUCCACAAAUCCAACAUUAAAUCCAGACAAUACUGUCAGAUUGGCAACUUUGAGUCUGAUUCUUUCAACGAAAACUUCUCUCCGAGAAGGCCCUCAAAUGCAAGACGUAAACGGAAGUACAAGAAGACCCCAAUGGAUUACACAGAUGGCAAAACAUCACCACCAAUAGAGAUUCUAAGUGUCACAACUGAGCCUAACUCCUUGGGAAGCAGUAUCACUUUGCAAACACAACCUAUCUCACCGCUGCUACUCACAAGCAAACCCAAACAGGAAAGGAACUUAUUUUGUGGAAAACGAAAGUGGUCUCAUAGGGAUAAGAGUGAUAUGACUUGUGAAAUGAGAGAAAGAUCAUUUAGUGGAGGUUGCUCUUCAAAAUCCGCAUAUUUUAAAAAUGAUAUUAAAUCCAAGAAACAUGACGAGAAAAAGAGAACAUCUGUGCUGCAGCCAGGCAAAAUUGUACUCAAAUCUCAAAAUGCAGAAGGUUCUAAACCAUCUUUGAUCUCAAGUUCACCUCUACCAGGCAGUUCAAGUUUUAAUUUCGUGUACAAGAACCUAUCUAAAAAUGGAACUCCUACGUUAUCUAAAAUGACGGGAUACAGAAUAGCAACAGAUCUCCCACCAUUUUUUAACCCAACUACGAGUACGGGAAAAAACAGUGAUGGCAAGUACCACCGAAAAAUAAAGAUACUCAACAAGACUCAUCCCCAGAGCUCCCUGAGGAAUCCCUUAAAUUUUGACGACUCAAACAGCGGCAUGGACUGCACAGGCAACGAGAGCAGCUCACUCAGCAGUAGCGAUUCUGAUGGAGUAGUCACAAAUGACAGCGAUAGAGAAGGUGAUGAUGAGCUCACAGACUGGCCCGGUAUAGAAGAAUUGAAGGUCUUCAAUAAAAGCCUAACAUUUAAAUCUUCUAAAUCUGUAAAUAAUAACUGCACGAAGUCUAUUAGCAACAUGCCCCCACCGAAACGAUUGAAGAAAGAAAAAUGUUUAGUCAAAAGCGGCUGGGCGAGUUGUAAGAAUAGGUUUAAGAAGAAAAGAGUGAAAGUGGACUCAGGUAACGAAGACGACGGUAUGCUGUCCGACUCCAAAACCGUCGUAGACCCCCACGACGAGGUCCUAAAGGAGAACAAGCAUAUAAUGCCUCACUCCUCGCUGUCGAGUUUCAGUGACAUAAAAAAUGCUGGCAUAUCAGGCCAAAACGCCGACCAAAGGUUUUUUCAGUCCUUUCAAGCAUUUCAGGAGAAAACAGAGAAGCAGGAGGAAUUUAAUUCGGUGCCGCGCACAAAUUUCACGUUACAGAAAACGUCCUCGAGCGAUUUGAACGUGAGCGAGAAAUCUCCACAGAGUGACCAUUACUACAGCGAACAUUCCAUGGGUAAUACCGGGGUGACUGAGGUGAGAGAGAUCCGGGCAGGCUGUAGGAGGAUAAGGGAGGAGAGACCAGGGUUUCUCAUACUCAGUGCAGCUAAUGAGCAGCUGUCCAAGUUCCUUCAAGACUCCUGCCAGACUGAACUGAAGCUGCCGAGUUUCCAAGACCCAGAUGAAAAGGAAAAAUUGGAAUCUCUGGCUAAACUAUACUCCCUAGAAUUACAAGUCGAAAUGGGGAGGCCUACUUUAAGGAAAACUAGUAACACAAUGCAAGCUGUACGUGUAGAACAUUCCAGUCACAACCUUCCAUCGGAUCACAAGCGACGGUGUUACGGAGAAGAUGCUGACACCAGCUUUAGCCUCAGCGACCACAAUUCAGCCAACGAUUUGGACGAAGACGAUCACAUAGGCAAGAUACUCGAUCCCGGGGAAUUGGAUUAAGCCAAGGGUAACGUAACAUAGUAUAUUUUAUGGAGUAGGGGUCGGUGAGGCAUUUUUUUUUUUUGUGCUGAAGGCAGGUCAAGUAG